GUUUUUAACCUCUUGUCAUGCGCAUAAGUUUCUCCAAUUCCAGCCAAUGCUUCCUUCAUCUACUCCACAAUCUUCUUUUGAAAACCGAUCUUCCUCUGUUUGCCUUCACGCUCUUUAAAUAAUCUAUUCCAUGCUCACCGUGACAGAUCAUUUUUUUUUUUUUUUAACACCUUCUGACUUCUAAUAUUCUCGCAACAUCUUCCUUUACCGCUUGCUCCAAUUCUUCCUUCAAAAUCCAGCACUGUUCAAAAUAAAAUAAGCGUUUCUUCCAUUGAAAACCAGACGGCUCCGGUCAGAAGAGACUGCCUCUGCCUCGUAGGAUGAUUACCAAUUCUCUUCCGCCAUCCCAAAGCAUUUUUCUGAAAAAUAUUUUGGAACACAUAAUGCUUUUUAAAGCGACUGCUGCAAUCGCAUGUUACAAAAAUUCUAUUUAAUUAAUUUAAGCCUCCAGGCUCUUACCAAAUCUCCAGUCGGGAGGAGCACAAUAAUUUUGACCCUGAGAGGCCUAGCUAGGUUCACGCUAGUGCUGAUUUGCCCAUCUCACCGGCCAAUGAUAUCAUAUUGUUUUCCGGAAAAUAAAAAUAAAUAUAAAAAGUGAGGGGUGACCCCAGCCAGGGUUUGAUUGAUUGCCACUAUAAAAAGUUGCACAAAAUCCAUCCAUCCACAAUCGGUACGGUCUCCAUCUUGCGUAUGCUAAGUAGUCCUGAAGCUGCGCGCUUGUCUUUCCCCUAUCAUGGAAGCACCGGCACUCCUCCUCUGUUCCAUCCUCUGUUUUGCUCUGCUUGCAGGGGUUGGAGUAGAAGGUUCAUCUCAUGAUCAUCACCACCACCACCACCACCACCAUCACCGGCACCAUCUCUACAACUUUCGCCCGACGAAGCUUUUUGUUUUCGGAGAUUCCUACGCCGAUACGGGGAACAACGCCAAAUCUUUGGCCAACUCUUGGAAGGUUCCCUACGGAAUCACAUUCCCCGGCAAACCCGCCGGCCGAUUCUCCGAUGGCCGUGUCCUCACUGAUUACCUUGCUAAAUUUGUGGGGAUAAAAUCACCGAUACCAUACAAAUGGAGAAAAUACGGGGGAGAAAGGUUGAAAUACGGGAUGAACUUCGCGUAUGGGGGGACAGGUGUUUUCGACACGCUGGUUUUGGACCCGAACAUGACGACCCAGAUCGAUUUUCUGCAGCAACUCAUCGGAGACUCGUUCUUCGCGGCCUCCGACCUCAAAUCCUCGGUGGCCCUCGUCACCCUCGCCGGCAACGACUACGGUGCCUUCCUCGCCGCAAAUGGCUCCUCUCAGCAGGGAAUGCUAGCCUUCAUUCCAAAAGUGGUGGAUCAACUAGGGAAGAACCUACAGCGCAUCCAUGAGAUGGGAGUGAAGAAGGUGGUGGUAACAGGUCUGCAGCCUCUGGGAUGCCUCCCUCGAAGCACCAUCGCCUCCUCCUACAAAUCCUGUAAUGCAACCCAGAACAUGGCUGUUGAUUAUCACAACCUCUUGCUGCAGCAGGCUGUCUCCAAGCUCAACCUCCACUCCAAGGACUCUCCAUUCCUCCUCCUCGACCUCUACUCCUCCUUCAUGUCCGUCCUUAAAAACAAAGAGAAUUGGGAGCUUGAGAAUCCAUUGAAGCCAUGCUGCAUGGGCAUAAACCCACAGUAUUUCUGUGGGAAUGUUGAUGACAAGGGGAAAAAGAUGUACACAGUGUGCAGUGACCCAAAAUCUGCCUUCUUUUGGGACUCGGUGCACCCCACGCAGCAGGGAUGGACUGCUGUGUACUCAGCUUUGCAAGCCACUCUUGACCAACUUUACUAGUGUUGUUUUAACUUUUAGUUGCAUUCCCCCCUCCUCCCUAAAUAAUUGUGUUAAUUAUUUUCUUAACUUUUUCUGUGUAUCUCUGAUAGUUUGUUUUGGAGUUGAAUUCAGUUGCUUGCUUGUUGAUU